UCUCAAAAUUUCUUUCUAGGUAUUACAUUAGUCUAAUAUAUAACAAAUCCUUAAAAGUUUAAAAUCAAAUAUGUAUCCAUAUAAUUAUGAUGAUCAAGAUCCUCAUCAUCGUCAGCCUCAGCUCUUUGAUGACACAAGUGCUGGGGGUUAUCAAUAUCAACAUCAGGGCUAUGGUGGUGGCAAUGGUUACAGCAAUAGCUACAACUACAACAAUCCGCAACAAUCACAUCCUCAACAAAGCUACUCUCAAGCACCUUUCCAGCCUCCACAAUCUUCUUUUCAGCCACCACAAAAUUCUGCUCUUGGCAGUGCUGCAUUUCCAGCAGCACAGUUUAUUAAAGACCCUUUUAUAGCUAAUGCUGCCAUGCAGUAUGGGCAAAACCUUGUUGGCCAAGGACAACAGUUCAUUGAUCAAAACUUGGAAAAGUACAUGAGUGUGUCUAAAGUGAAAUACUACUUUGCAGUUGACACACGAUAUGUAAUGAAAAAAAUUCAGCUUAUCUUCUUCCCUUUUGCUCAUUCAGACUGGUCAGUACAGUUUGAGCAGAGUGAGGGGGUUCAGGUGCAGCCUAGGCAUGACGUCAACGCCCCGGACCUCUACAUCCCCACCAUGGCCUUUGUCACGUACAUCCUUGUCGCCGGACUCUCAUUAGGUCUUAUGAACAGGUUCAGCCCUGAUGCCCUGGGUAUGCAAGCGUCUAGCGCAGUUGUGUGGCUUGUGCUGGAGGUCUGCUGUGUGAUGGCCGCCCUACACCUCAACUCGGGGGCUGUGGUGCGCCGCCCCCUACACGCCUUUCACGUGCUCGCGCUUGCAGGAUACAAAUUCCCGGGAAUGAUUGUGAUGCUGGCCGCCGGCAUGCUGCUGCCAGGCUCUGGGUACUACGUGGCUCAGUUCUACUGCAGUGCCGCCCUCGCGCUCUUCAUGUUCCGCACGCUGCGUAGCCAGAUCCAGAGCCAGCCUGGAGCUGAUGACAAGUACAGCAGUUACGGUGAAGGCAGCAAGAGACGCUUCUACCUGGUCGUCUUCCUGACGCUACUGCAGCCGCUGUUCAUGUGGUGGCUCACCAGAAGUGUUGUCUACUCACCGCCUGCUAAUUUAACUGCUUUUUAAUCCGACAACCGCCUUUAAAUCUGAUAUUCAUUUUUUUUACUGGUCUUCAACAUUUAACCUCUCAUGUUCCUGUUGGCGUUUUCAUGGUCGUUUCACUCAACAGUAGAACUAAUUGUUUUAACUAUCAUAGACAUUUAGAUCAACAUUAGAGCGAUUGUUGAAGUCUUCAUUGUUCGUCAGUAUGCAAGCUCUUUAUUGUAAUUGUAACAGUCUUCUAUAGACUUGUAAACUUUUGUCAUGUCAGAAUUAUUUUCAACUGUCUUCCCUGUAUGAAACAUUGCUUGAAUUUUCUUCGCUGCUUGCAGACUGAAAUUUCACACGUUUAGAUCGCUUUUCUCGACAUGCGCGGUAUUAGAUCUUUCAAUUCCUCAGCCUUCACUCCAAGUAACCUCUUAUUGUGACAUUAAUCAUCACUGACAUUUUUGACCGCGGUUUUUAUUUACUACUGAAAAAUGGCACAAUCAUAUUAAAACAUCAUUAUAUCCUUAAAAACGCUGCGCAUUAUGCGCGUAUUUGCUCUUAAAUAGCCUUGUUUUCUUCUGCAGAUUAGUUCAUAUUUUCAUUUUCUCACAAAAAUGCAAUUCAGUAAGUGAACUGGUGUGAUUUAUCAAGUGAUUCAUCAUUUUUAGGGUGUGAUUCAUAAAGUAAUUUUCAAAGGAGAUGUUACUGUGGCAUUUAUAAUGAGAUUUUCACUUAUGAUGCAUGACAUAUUAUUAACUAUACCUGAAAACACUCGGAUAAUGUAUAGCAUCGUGAGAUUUUCAUUUUCGAGGAAAAAUGUUUUACCAGUCUGGAUACUUAGCAGUAAACAGCGCUUGAUGGUAAAACAAAAAAAAACUUUAAAAAAACUGGUAAAAAAACUUAUGGGUCCUAUGCGACGACAAUACAAAGAUUAAAUUAUUCUAGGCUUGGAUCGGCUCCCGUAACCAUAUGAUGUUGUGGUUAAACAUUCAAUUAGUCUGCUUGGUGGUUCGCCAUCUCGAUUGACGGUCACGAAUUUUGAAAUGAGAUUAUAGUUUUUAAUAUAUAUGCAUUUAUUUUUGGGGAACAAAUGAAUUGAUCAUAAUCUAGUAUCAAAACAUUUGGCUAAAUUUGCGUCAAAAUUGUCAUUAGUGAUUGUGAUCAAAAGCUUUUAUAUCAUGAAGAAAGUCACAUUUUUUGUAGUAUUGCUUUUCAUUAUUUUAUGUUCAAUUUUCAAAAAUAUUUAUGAAUAUUAUUAGUUUUUGACAUCGGAUUCAAACCAAAUUGAAGUCAGAGUGUAACAGUUUAUUUUUGUACUCAAAGAAUGAUAAAUUUGGUUCAAAGGAUGGGUUUACAUUUAAUUUGUAUAAGAUUUUUGUCAUAGGCAUAGUUAUAUUCAUUAAAAUAUGUUGAACAGCA